AUGUCAGGAUAUGAGAGGCUGAGAAUAGAAACAAUUAGAAAAAAUAUGACAAGAAUGGAAGAAUUAGGUUUGAAGGAACAGGCUAAGUCAUUGAUGGCGCAAGUUCAAAAUAAUAGAGGCAAUCAAAGUAAAAACAAAAAGAAAAAGGUUUCGGGAGACGAUGAGCUCUAUAGGGCUAACCAAGAUAUGGAGCAUGAGCUUGAUUCCAUCGAUGAAGAGUUACCCAUUCCACAGUCUAAAAGUAAAGGCAAGUCCAAUGCUAUUCAAUGGAAGAUUCGUAAAAUGAAGGCUCUGACUCGAAAAGCAGUGAUGGCAAAACGUCGGCGAAAUGUUGAUUUGGCUUCUUCACAUGGUGGCUCAUCUACCCCUAAUCAUACAUUACAUCAGCAUUAUUCAACCACAAGAGAACUAGUUGAAAUGCUCGGAUUAGAAGUUGAACACUUAAAUCAUGACAAGAAUGAUAAAGAAAAUGCUGAAAAGGAUAAGCCUAGAAGAGGACCCACUAUGUGCUACAAAGUCCAUGGACGCACCGUAGAACGCUUGGAAAUUACCUUGAAUGAGCAUGGACAACCUGUUGGUCCGGAUGACAGUACAUGCAAUGAGUUCAUUAGCUUCUUAGGAACAAUAGCUCGAAAAGCAAAUAUCCUACCACUGACUGUCAAGAAUUGGCCCAUACUAAGAAACGAGAAGAAAGAAGAACUUUGGGAUUAUGUCUUGAAACAUUUUAUUGUCCCAAUUGAGGGAAAAAAAUGGGUUUUGCAAACCAUUGGUGCUGCUUGGAGAAGGUACAAAUGUUAUUUAAAAAGAGUACACUUUCAUAAAUAUGACAAUGAUAAAACAAGGAUGAUCAAACGACCAAAACUAGUCCCAAAAAAUAUGUUCCAAGACUUGUUAAAGAUUUGGAAUGAUGUCAAAUAUGAGGAACGAUGUAUGCAAAAUAAAGCAAAUCGGUUAGUUGGAAAGGAAAAGAACAUUAUGCAUACUUCAGGACCAAAGAGUUUUGCUAGGGUUCGAUUUAAGUGGGUGAGUUUGUUUGUUUGCUUGUUUACAUUUCUCAUCACUUUUAUUAUUGGUUUUAUUUCUGCAUUAAAAUGA